CCGUCACCAGCAGGAGGCGGAGUACUACUUGAAGGGGCAGAAGGUCCGUAGAGGAACCGGGCAUGUUCAAACAUAUCCGCGCAGAGCAGCUUACCAACAUCCACAGUGUGCUGUCAUUGCGCACGGGCUGGAGCUGUACGCAGACAUUGACAGUAUUUGCAUGGGCUGUUUUCUGACAUGUCAUAGCUCAGAUCGAUAUGUUUUCACGAGGGCCACUUGACAUCAACCUAGUAAGACGUGAGAUGUGUAUUUAAUGGAUUAGUCUUGAGACGCACCGCUGAUUAAGACUUUCUAAUAGUUUCGGCUCCGGUGUGAAGAUUUCGGUUUAGCGUGGCCAUGUCUCUCCCCGCCAAAGUGAUGAGAGACGGGCUGCUGGAGAAGCGCAGCAGUGGGCUCCUCCAGCUGUGGAAGAAGAAGCGCUGUGUGCUCACCGAGGAAGGGCUGCGCCUACACAACUGCAAGGGCGGCGACGGCGAUGCUCCGAGCUCGGCGUGGCGCUCUAAAGCCAAGGAGCUCCGCUUUGAGCGCAUGGCCACGGUGGACUGUGUGGAGUACAAACGAGGUCUGGUGUACUUCACCGUGGUCAUGGCUACUGGGAAGGAGAUCGACUUUCGGUGUCCACAGGAAGGCACGUCAUGGAACGCUGAGAUCGCUUUGGCACUGGUGCGCUACAAGAACCUGCAGGCCGUGCAAACGGGACGGAACAGGCAUCUGUGCACAACUCACCUGGGCAGCACUGGGGAGGAUGAGGAGCUCUGAUCUGAUUAAACCUUUCUAUUUCUCGGCAGUGAACCAAUGAGAGUGGAGAAAGGGGUCACCAGAUCUAUUGGCUUGAUUCUGUGGUGCGCAGCAUGAUGGGAUGUACCGGAUGGCGAAUAUGGACUGAGACCAAGAGUCAUAGACACACUUCACGUCUUCCUACAUGAUCUUAAUCACAAUGUCAUACAAGGCCUAGGAAUCUACUGUACGCCUGGGUGAAAAUGUCAUGACCUCACUGCUCGAGGUCACUGUGGAGAGCGCUGCAUAAGGAAAAGAUGGACAGAAUUAUUUGGACAGAAACUGAGGAGCUGCAAAAGUGUGCCUUAAUACUUUCUAUUUUGGACACAAGUUUUUGUAACGCUUCUGAAACAGGAGUCACUUUGUUUCAACGCUCUUGCUUUUGAUGGAAACACAGUGCCGUUUGACUGGCCUUGAAAUCUUUUGUUAUAGACUGAACAGAUCUGCAUGUUUUUCUGAAGCAGAACAUAAUAGAACUAUUUUGCUCAUAUUCAUUGCACAUUUUAGUCAGUACAUUUGCUAAAACCAUGUACAGUAUCACACCCUUAAGAAGAUCAAAUAAAUCUUUGUCAGUUAUCUUCAAGUGUUGGCGAA